AUGAACACGGCAUUUUUUCACUCCUCGUUAAAAGCUAGAAACCAUAUAAGUCGUAUUAAUGCUAUCAAGGAUUCGAGUGGUGACAUGUAUGAAGGUGAGGAUGUUCCUAAAGCGCUUGUCCAACAUUAUGAAAAGUUUUUGGGCUGUCGGGGUGAUAUUGGCUCGUCCCCAAAGGCUGACUUGUUCUCGAAUACCUUGACUUCAGAAAUUGCUAAUCCUAUGGUGCGUCAGGUUACGGCGGAUGAGGUUCGAAAGGCUAUGUUUUCCAUUGUGCCGAAAAUUGCUACCCCCUCGAAUGUUACAGAUUACCGUCCAAUAGCGUGCUGCAAUGUUUUAUACAAAUGUAUUAGUAAAAUUCUUGCUGAUCGAAUUAAAGGGGCCCUUAAUACGAUUGUCAAUGUCAACCAGAAUGUCGGGCCCCCGCGGUGUGCGUUUAAGGUGGACAUCCAAAAAGCUUAUGAUACUGUAGAUUGGAGAUUUCUGAGAGAUGUGCUGCUAGGGUUUGGGUUUCAUGAUAAGAUGGUGAAUUGGAUUAUGACCUGUGUUUCUACACCAACCUUCUCGGUUUGUGUUAAUGGUGAUGUUCAUGGCUAUUUUAGAGGUUUGGUCCCUAGCAUUCAAAAGAGCACGAUAUUUUUUUGCAAUGUCCCUCAUCACGUGAAAACUGCUAUUCUAAGGUAUUUGGGGGUUCCGCUUAUUUCCACAAGACUGCUUUAUAAAGACUGUAGUGUGCUGGUUGAAAAAUUAGAUAAGCGUAUAUCCAAUUGGAAGAACAAGCUUCUUUCUUUUGCAGGUCGGUUACAGCUUAUUGUGUCGGUUUUAUCCUCUAUGCAUAUUUAUUGGUCUUCGGUAUUUAUUUUACCGGCUCGGGUGAUUCACGAUCUAGAAGCUAGAAUGAGAAAUUUUCUUUGGAGUCAAGAUAAUUCGUUUCAAAAAGGGAGGGCAAAGGUGUCUUGGAGAUCGGUUUGCACUCCGAAGUAUAAAGGGGGAUUGGGUAUUAGGCGUAUUGGUGAUUUUAAUAAAGCGCUCAUGGCUAAUCAUGUUUGGGGUAUUCUUACUAAAUGA